UUUGGGAAUUGCAAGCAGAAAGUGAACCCUGCAGCGCACGAUUCUAUUUUUGGUAAACUAAAAAGGUACUUUUCUGUAAAGAGCAUCGAUAAGGUUACGAUAAUAGUGUUGUUUCACAUUGACGAACGCAACGGUUAGCGAGGAACAGUAGAAACGAAAGGUCACCCGAGAUGGCUAACUGGAGAGCAGCCGGCUUGAAUUACAUUAAUUAUUCAAAUAUUGCCGCCAACUUGCUUCGUAAAGCCUUAAAACCGGAACUACGAGCGCAAGCGGCCCGGCGCGAGGAAUCUCACAUCAAAAUGACCAAGUGGAAGGAGGGCAAACCGGAGCCAACCGAGCAACAGCCAACAAAAUGAGACCUGUGCUGUGGGGAACAGCGACAGCGACAGAAGUAGGCGCCACCGGUUGUUGUCAACGAAAUCCUGCUGCACCGUGAUGCGGGAAACCACUUACCUGUUCGUCGAGGAGGGGCUCAAUCAGAAGCAACACCGUGAAAUCAUGAAUUCCAAUAAACUUUAAACCACUCUCAACCAGCG